AUGGAACCAUCAAACCAGACGUGCACUGAUUUCAUCUUACUGGGCUUGUUCCCCCGCGCACGGCUGGGCCUGCUCCUCUUCCUCCUGUUGGGUCUCAUUUUCCUCAUCGCUCUGCUGGGCAACCUGUGCAUGGCUCUGCUUAUCCUCCUGGACUCUCAGCUCCACACACCCAUGUACCUCCUGCUCAGUCAGCUCUCCCUCAUCGACCUCAGCUACAUCUCCACCAUCGUCCCCAGGAUGGCCUCGGAUUUCCUGCUCGGGAACAAGGCCAUCUCCUGCCUUGGCUGUGGGGUUCAGAGCUUCUUCUUCUUGGCUUUAGGAGGUGCAGAGACAAUGCUCCUGACCUCCAUGGCCUAUGACCGCUACGUGGCCAUUUGUCACCCUCUCCACUAUCAUGUGCGCAUGAACAGGCGAGUGUGUGUGCUGAUGGUGACUGUGUCCUGGGUAAUGGGCUGCACCAACUCCUGUGCUCACACUGCCUAUGCAUUCCACAUCCCGUACUGCCGGUCCAGAGCCAUCAACCAUUUCUUCUGCGAUGUCCCAGCCAUGCUGACCCUGGCCUGCAUGGACACCUGGGUCUAUGAGUACACUGUGUUUCUGAGCACCGUCAUUUUCCUGGUACUUCCUUUCCUGGUCAUUGUGUGCUCCUAUGGCCGGGUACUGCUCGCGGUCUCUCGCAUGCACUCGGGGGAAGGGAGGAAGAAGGCCUACUCCACCUGCAGCAGCCACCUCACCGUGGUAACCUUCUUCUACGCACCCUUUGCUUACACCUACCUGCGCCCAAAGUCCUUUCGCUCCCCCACCGAGGACAAGGCCCUGGCUGUCUUCUACACCAUCCUCACCCCCAUGCUCAACCCCAUCAUCUACAGCCUCAGGAACAAGGAGGUCCUGGGAGCCGUGAGAAGGCUGACUCAGAGAAUCCACUCUGUGAAAGUGUAG